UUGCCUCGUUCACACAGGCACAACGCCUCCAUCCAGCCUCGAUGGCUAACCGCAACGGCCGGACUCCCAUAAUAACCACAGCACCACACAUAUACACGCAUCCCAGCACCCCUAGCGCCGUGGGGUCCGAAAAACAGAGUGAUUCCUCAUGGCAUAGGCAGGAAUCCGCCCGCCCACGGUGUGCCAUUACGCCUUUCCCACCCGUCCACAUGCACAUGGACAUGCACCCACGCCCCACCCCCUGCGCCCUCGCGCACGGACCAGUCCAAACCCACAGCCCCGGCUGGCACCCACACACAUAACGCACACGCCCCUGCUCGCAUGCGUGCCGCGAAGAUUACCAGGAUAGGCUUGAUGCUGCGAGGUCUUGGCACUAUGCCUGAAUUGGACCACCGGCCUGUGUCGUUCUAGCCUGCUCCCUGGCCAUGUCGCGCAUAUGCCGCCUCGCCGCUUUUACACAGGCCCCAGUUACGUAGCACCAGCGAACGGAAA